AUGCCUUCCUCAUCUCCAGCAGAGCCCUCGGCCAUGGCAGCCCCCAAUGCCACAGCAGCCGUGGCGGUAUGGACCAACACGAGCAUGCCCGAGGUGCCCCUGUUCCACCUGUUUGCCCUGCUGGACGAGGAGUUGCACACUGCCUUCCCAGGCCUGUGGCUGGGGCUGAUGGCAGUGCAUGGCACCAUCUUCCUGGCAGGGCUGGUGCUCAAUGGGCUGGCACUGUACGUUUUCUGCUGCCGCACCAGGGCUAAGACGCCGUCCAUCAUCUACACUAUCAACCUGGUGGUGACCGACCUGCUGGUGGGCCUGUCCCUGCCCACACGCUUUGCCGUCUUCUAUGGUGCACAGGGCUGCCUGCGCUGUGCCUUCCCGCACGUCCUCGGCUACUUUCUCAACAUGCACUGCUCCAUCCUCUUCCUCACCUGCAUCUGUGUGGACCGCUACCUGGCCAUCGUGCAGCCUGAGGGUUCUCGUCGCUGGCGCCAGCCUGCCUGUGCCAGGGCCGUGUGCGCCUUCGUGUGGCUGGCUGCGGGUGCCGUGACCCUGUCUGUGCUGGGCGUGACCGCCAGUGGCCGGCCCUGCUGCCGCGUGUUUGCGCUAACCGUCCUGGAGUUCCUGUUACCGCUGCUGGUCAUCAGCGUGUUCACAGGCCGCAUCAUGUGUGCGCUGUCGCGGCCUGGCCUGCUGCGCCAGGGCCGCCAGCGCCGGGUGCGUGCCAUGCAGCUGCUGCUCACGGUGCUCGUCAUCUUCCUAGUCUGCUUCACGCCCUUCCAUGCCCGCCAGGUGGCUGUGGCCCUGUGGCCUGACAUGCCACAUCACGCAAGCCUCGUGGUCUACCAUGUGGCUGUGACCCUCAGCAGCCUCAACAGUUGCAUGGACCCCAUUGUCUACUGCUUUGUCACCAGCGGCUUCCAGGCCACCGUACGUGGCCUCUUCCACCAGCAUGGAGCUGAGAAUGUGCCCAGCUGUGGCGACGUGGUUAGCAUGCACAAGAGCUCCAAAGGCUCCGGCCAUCAUCACGUCCUCAGUGCCGGCCCUCAUACCCUCACCCAGGCUCUGGCCAAUGGGCCUGAGGCUUAG